CACAAAAUGUGAGCCCUGAAGCACCGGCCGGUAGCAGUGAGGAAGGAGAAAAUCUGACGAGCUCAGCUAUGGGCACCACCGCCGGGGAGCCUCCGGCGGUCCACCCGGCCGUGCUUUUCAUCCGCCGCCCGGGCGCGCCCUUCUCCAACGCGAUGCACCAGCGCUUCGGCGUCCUGGACUCGGUGGCCUCUGGCGAGCCGCUCGCCGCUUUCCUCGCCGCCGCCGCAGCCAUGCCCGACCCGCCCCGCGCCGCAGUCAUCAUGGGAGGCGGCGUCGUCCGUGCGGACGCCUCGUUCCUCGACGCCGUCCCCUCCAUCCGCUGCCUCGUCAGCACGGCCGCGGGCGUCGACCACAUCGACCUUGCCGAGUGCGCGCGCCGCGGCGUCGCCGUCGCCAACUCCGGGACCGUCUACUCCGCCGACGUCGCCGACCACGCCGUUGGCAUGCUCGUCGACGUGAUCCGGCGCGUGUCGGCGGCAGAGCGAUUCGUCCGGCGUGGUCUCUGGCCGGUGCAGGGGGACUACGCUCUCGGAUCCACGCUGCGUGGCAAGCGCGUUGGAAUCAUCGGCUUCGGGAACAUUGGAUCACUGAUCGCAAAGAGGCUUGAAGCCAUUGGCUGUGUCAUCCACUACAACUCCAGAGGACCCAAGGAUUCAGUGGCUUACAAGUACUUUCCUGAUGUCCAUGAUCUUGCCUCUGAAUCAGAAGUGCUUGUUGUUGCAUGCGCACUGAACAAGGAGACACGCCACGUUGUCAGCAAGGAUGUUUUGGAGGCCCUAGGAACGGAUGGGAUUGUCAUAAACAUUGGUCGAGGAGCAAGCAUCGACGAGGCGGAGCUGGUCAUAGCUCUGAAAGAGGGAAGGAUUGCAGGAGCUGGCCUUGAUGUCUUCGAGAAUGAACCCGCGGUGCCAUCUGAUCUCCUGUCCAUGGACAAUGUUGUUCUGACGCCCCAUUCAGCGGUUUUCACAUUGGAGUCGAGGUCAGACCUGUGUGAGCACUUGAUAUGCAACCUUGAAGCUUUCUUCUCCGGUAAGCCGUUGCUCACGCCGGUACUUCCCUGACAAAGCAAGUCAUAUCGCAGUGAAUGCAACACAUAUGAACAUUUGGAGAACGGUGUUUGAAUGCUCGGCAGGAAUUUUGUAAGAAUCCAAAGAGAUAAAGGAAAUUUUGUCGGAAUGUACAUGCAAGAAACAGAGGAAAUUUUUAGGAAUGUCUUUGCAAGAAGCAGAGGAAAUUUUGUGAACAUCUCAUGUUAAAGUUCCAGUAGUGGCAGUCUACUAUGAUGCGAGUUUGAAUUUUUAGGUUGCUCAACUGAUGAUAAUAUUUACAUCACCUGAUGCCCAUCUCAUCUAUUUUCACGCAACGUGAAGUAGAAGAAUGUUUGAUGCAUUUUUUUUAUCUACAAGUACUUUGCUUUUCGUGCAGUCA